CAGCUUCUGUUCUCAUUGAGGAAUUUGGCAGUAGAGAAGAAUACAGACAUCUUUUUGUCAGCAUCUUUGAAAGAUUUUCCAAGUCGACAUCAAUUAUGGCUCUUACUUCCUCAUAUAUAUGUGAUCAAGAGCCUGAUAUGGUCGAGGCCUUUGCUAAUUUCACAUCUAUUUUUGUCCGCUGCUCUCCAAAGGAAGUGUUAGUAGUUUCUGGCUCCAUCCUCGAAUUAUCAUUUCAAAAGGCAGCUAUAUGUUGCACUGCUAUGCAUCGUGGCGCAGCACUAGCAGCAAUGUCUUUUAUGUCAUGUUUCCUGGAGACAGGCUUAAAUGCUUUGGUUGAAUCCCUUGCACAUGGUUCUGAACUGGAAAGCAUAGUUGGUAUUUCUGAUAGUUCAAUUGAUGCUAUGGCAAUACAAGUCAUAUCUCACAGUGGUGACGGCCUCGUGUCAAACCUAAUGUAUGCUUUACUUGGCGUUUCUGCGAUGUCAAGGGUUCACAAGUCUGCAACCAUUUUGCAGCAAUUGGCUGCUAUGUGCAGUUUAAGUGAAAGAACCACCUGGAAGGCUCAUCUUUGCUGGGAUUCNAUUGUUUCUUCUACAAUAAUUGAGACAUUGAUCUUCUGCACACUUCCUUGA